AUGCUAGCCUCAGAUGAGGAUUUGCUACAGUGGAUGGCGCAAAAGGCUUACCUGGGACAGGACAUGUUUUUGAUAGGAGAUCCCGGACCCCAUCUUCGUAAUGCUGCACUGCGUUUUGCCGCACAGACGGGCAGAGAAACCGAGUACAUCGGCAUAACAAGAGACACGACGGAAGCUGACCUGAAGCAACGCCGCGAGAUCUCGAAUGGGCAGCUGGUUUUUCACAAUGCCCCGGCCGUGGAAGCGGCUCUGAAGGGCAGGCUGCUGAUUCUGGAAGGUGUGCAGAAGGCCGAGCGAAACAUCCUGCCCUUGCUCAACAAUCUUCUCGAGAACCGAGAGAUGACGUUAGAGGAUGGCAGCUUUCUGAUGGCACCGGGCCGCGAGGAGGAGAUCCGGUCAAGUGGUGGGCGGCAACUGCUGCCGGUGUCCAGGAAGUUCCUGGCCAUCGCAAUUGGCUUACCUGUACCGACCUAUCCUGGGAUCGCCUUGGAUCCGCCGCUGAGGUCCCGCUUCGCUGCACGGCGAGUGGAGGGGGACACAGGGACCAGAUUUCCGGGAGGUUGGAGGUGGACAAAUUUCCCAAUUGGAUAUGCGUAA